GAAUUGUCCUAGUGCAGAACACGAAAAUACGAGCGUUUUCCCUCAUCACUUGGGGUCAUCUGACAUUGUUCACUUUUGUGAGGAUUGGGCAGUUCCCGAGAGGAAAUCUUUUCGCAUUUUGGGGGUGCGCGGCGCACCACGCAGUUCCGACUGGCAACGACCAGCCUUUUUCACGGAACCGCGACUUCUUCCGCGCAAAAGCCUCGUUCGUGCGAAGCCCGCGCCAGUAUCGCCCCAUUGCACUACGCACCGUUGAAGGAAGCGAACAAGACACACACAAUCAACGGCGACACUUGCACUUGUGCAUCACACAAACUCUCACUUAUUGCAGUCCUACGGCGGCACCUGCGGCAAUCUGCCAUGUCGUUGCAUACCUGGAUACGGCCGCCUGGGAGCCCGUUCGGACACUUGCUGCACGUCCCCCGCUGGGCAGCCAUCACAGCGGCACUGGGCGGCAGUCUUGUCGUCGUGCCUGUGCUGUGGCUGCGGUAUUGGAAACGAGUGUUUGAUCUACGGACUGUGACUGAGGGGUCUGUUACCAGGGUCACGACAAGAGGGAAGAGUGAGCUGCCGUGGCGGGUCGGGGAAGUGCUCGGCCACAAAGGAGACGGCGAUAGCGACUGCAACAACCCCAACAGCGGAAAUGACGAGGCCGCAUUGUCAGCCGGGGAGGCCUUUACGGAUGUCGAAUACAUUGUUGCCCGCGAGCGCGUGGUCUCACAUCCGAUAGAUGUCCGGAGCAUCAGGCACGAAUUCCGCCGCAAAGGCUACACCACGGCCACCACGAGCGAUGACAAUGACGACGACAACAGCAUUCAUAUCGUCAGCUCAAGCAUGCACAGCGAUGACCCGUCAUCAUUGUUCUCACCUGCUGAACUCGGCGAGAUACUAGACCUCGACGCCCUCGUCAACGCGUACCUCCGCACCACGAUGACUUUGUUUGCAGUGUACACUCCACAGGCGUAUGCGAUGCGUCUUCAUCCAGCUGUGCGUCGGCAUGUCGGCGGGCGUCUUCGUCGUGGUCGCGAGAUCGGGACCUCGGGCGGCUCAGCUGGUCCCACCACCGCAGCGGCAGCAGCGGCUGCUGUGUCCGAGAGAUACCCUGGGCUCGACGCGGAGGGCGAGGAAGUACCGGCGCGGGUGACGUUUACCAGAGAGUAUAUCGCCCAGUGCGACUUCGUGCCUGGAGACAGGGUGUGUGGUGUGUAUGUCGUUGAGCAGCGGCGCAGGACUGGCAGCGGGAUAAGAGUGGUCUUGCGUCUAUCGCCGCCUGGUGGGAAGGACGAGUGGAAGGAUGCUCCGAGCGGUGUGUUGGACCUGGGCAUUGAGGAGGUCGACCACGAGGGCCAUGACGAUGAUGAUGACGACGAUGCCUUGACUGUUCAUGGAGGAGAAGAAUCAAAAGAUGGUGGGAAUCAGAGCGAGAUUUUGAUGACUGCAAAGACAGGCAGGGCGAGGAAGAUGCGCUUCGUCAACGAGACCGUGCUUUGGAGGGCCAAGGACGAAAGGCCCGUGUUUCUCGAGGCCCAGCUGGGGCGAUGGAUGCACAGCCUGAUGGCCGCGUGGUUUGUCGUUGGCGGCUCCGAGGCGGUCACGGUAUCGUCUCUGUGAGUUAUACGCUAUGCAUUUUAGUACAGGCUGGCUACUACUAGUAGACAUAAUCUAUGGAGAAACAGACUUUCCGAACAACAUUCGUAACGAAGUGCUGAAGAAUGGGGGUAUGGAGUUGCUGAGACGGCAUUCCUACCACCUGCGGGGGAACGCAACUAGGAACGGGCCGCAACAACUAUACAGACUAGGUUCAUAAACAGGAUGUAUUUUCAUUCUGUGCUCUCUCAGACUUGUGGAG